AGGAGAGGCAGUGCCCACUGGCAGUGCCAGUGCCAGUGCCAGUGCCAGCGCCAGGCUCCGUGGUUCAUCCUGCCAGCCGGCCUUGUGCAGUAUCACGCCAGCAGCCGCUGUUGCCAGAACCCAAAGCUCCCAGCUCCCAGCUCCCAGCAGUUGCCCACAAAAUAAAUCUUAGUCAUCGGCAGACUGGCCCAGCCAGUGGAUCAGAUCUGAGUUCUGAGUUCUGUUUCUGUUUCUGUUUGGUUCUGUUCAGUCUGUUGUCUGUUCUGUUGUGGUUCCCAGGUCCAGUUCUCGUCGUCGGUUCCCGGUUGUCCAGUCAGAGGUGGAACGACGACGACUUUGCAACUUGAAAUUGAUUUAUGGCGCAAAUUUUAUUGUCUGCCUGUGGACUGGAACUGGGGACUGCAGCUCCGACUGGCGACUGGCCACUGGGGACUGGGGACUGCGGACAGCGGACUGCGGACAGCGGACUGUGUGCUGUGUCUGAGAGAGCGAGUGAGAGCGAGAGAGAGAUCCAACUUGUUAGCUGCUAACUGUAAACAGUCCAAAGUGCCUCUGUGUUGGUUGUUGUUGUUUUUUUUUUAACGUGUGUCAUGAAGUUUUCCACUUUUCCACUCUUGUGUGUGGAAGUGGCAUUUUUUUUGUAGUUAUAUCGUUAUAAAUAUACGUUUAAAACACACAAUAUAAAUAUCAAAACCAACAACGGAAACAACUUUCUCUUUGGACCACGAACAAAAACAACACCCAACUAAAUAAAUAAUCAACUGGACAAAUUUCGAGAUGCUUCAACAAGAGGGGCAAAACGAGGCGGCAAACGAGGCGGCAGCAAGCGCGAGGGGAACGGGCAGUCGAAACCAAAUGGAAGUCAGACAGAGAGCCGGAGGCAGGCAGCAGGCAGCAGGCGGCAAGCGGCAGGCGGCAGGAAGACUGGAGGAAGGCAGGCACAAAGGCAACAUGUUGCACAUGCACUCGCCAAAAGCAAUUUGCAUACAAAUGUUGCCAAGGCACUUCACAGAGCGGGAGAGAGAGGGAGGGAGGGAGGGGGGUAGGGGAGUGCACUGCACAAUCACAAAUCGCGCUGCCAGAGAUGUGGCACGGCCCCUGCCUCCAAAGCGGAAGAGGGUAAAAGCCGCUUCAUAAUUUGAUAUUAAACAUGCACGCGCUUCUCCUUCUCUCUGUCCCCCUCUCUCUAUCCCCCUCUCUUUCGCUCAUAUGUAGAACUUGUAAAUUUGCAAAUUGCUAAAAUGCAUGACAGCAACAAAAGGAAGAGGGGAAAUGCAACAGCAGCAGCAGCCAAAGGGUUGGGGCAGCUGUUGCCUUGUGGCCGCCGCCAGGCACUGCGUGAAUUUGCAUUUACAUGAAGGAACGAAACGAAACGAAACGGAACGGAACGGAACGGUACCCCAGACUCAGACUCAGACUGAGACUCAAAGGAAGCAGCCUCAGACCUACCCCCCUCGCCCCCCCGCUCCAAAAAAAGCCCUGCCAUACCUCCAAAAACUCUGCUCAAUUGACUUUCAAUUGCAAAGCAAACAGAGCAGCGGCAGAGGAGGAGGUGGAGGAGGAGGUGGAGGCAAAACCAAACCCCUUUUUUCUCCCCGCUCUCUGACAAAUGAAUUUAUUUUCAAUCUGCCUUUUGUCCGUCCCCGUCGUAUGAUUGACAUGCUCGAUUGAUCCACAAAUCCAUUGGGCGCGGGCCUGGCCGGGCAGAAGGGCGAGCGGGGGGUGGGGGGGGACUCUUUUUUUUGGUGGCAAGUGUUUACGUUGGCUUUGCAGUUUUGUUAAUACUGCACUUGGGCUCCACGAUUUCGAGUGGCGGCGGCGAAGAGACACCUCUUCAAAGCGAAAAAAAACAAGAAAAAAU